AUGUCUGGCGAACCUGUCAUCUUCAAGCGAACCAAAUCAAAACCUGCUCAACGGUCUCGUGUCUCUACUCCGGAUGUUGAGGAUGGCUCUGUCACACCGGGAGAGACCGCAGAUGUAGAAGAGUCUCCUAGUGUCCUUGCAACAAAGCUCAAGAAGAAGAUCAAGUCGCGCGAAAAGCCCAAGAGCAAGCUUAGCUUUGGAGCUGAUGAGGAAGGGGAUGGGGAGGUGUUCCAGGUGAAGAAAUCGAGCCUCAGUCGGAAAUUGACGUUGGGGAAGCACCCAGCCCAAAAUGCCAUACCAUCUUCAGUCGACUUGUCCUCUACCACUAGAUCAAACGGCGCUCCUACGUAUGACGCAGCAUAUCUCAAUGAGUUGAAAGCGAGCACCCCAACGACACGUCCAUCCGUUUCUGCCAAUGUGGACAUGUCAUACGAUGCAGAUAUGUCUGUGGAUGCAGAUGCCCUUCCACAGUCGUCGCUUACUGGUGUCAUAGAUCUAUCAGAUCCUGACGGCGAGACAGCAAUUCCGUCUGGUUCCUCCAUUCUUGCCGCAAAACAGAAGCGUGAGCGUUUGCGUGCUUCGGGGACAAGUGGAGGAGAAGACUAUAUAUCUCUUUCUGUCACGAAGCGCAGCGAUUACUCACAGGGUCCGCACCCGGAAAGUCGCCUAGUUCGUGAGGAAGAUGAACUGGGCGAUGCAGAUGAUGAAUUUGCCGAAUACACCAGUGCUCAGGAGCGAAUAGCGCUCGGGAAGAAGUCUCGCAAAGUGGAAGCGAGGAAAAAGAGAGAUGAGAUGAAUGAGAUGAUUGCUGAUGCUGAGGAGCAGGAUGAAGAAUCAAUAGAGUGGGAACAGGAGCAACUUCGUCGUGGAGGCUUACAGAACGAGGAAAGCAUCGAGAAAGCGCCGAAGCCUGUAUACAAGCCUACACCGAUUCCUCCCGUUACCCCGAUUCCGACCCUUGGUGCAGCAGUGGCACGUUUAACACAAUCACUGACAGCACUUACUACGUCUCAUGUGCAGAACUCCACCUCAAUGGCCUCCCUGGGGGAAGAGCGGCUGCAACUGGAGGCACGAGAAAAGGAGAUGCGGGAGAUGAUUGCGAAGGCGGAAGACAAACGAGGUUGGUUCGCAGCUUUCAGGGAAUGGGUGGAGAGCGUUGCGACUUUCUUAGAUGAAAAGUACCCUCAAGUUGAACGGCUUGAGGACGAACAUCUGUCACUUCUCAAGGAGCGUGCAGAUAUGAUUGCUCAGCGAAGGAAAGCAGAUGACGAAGACGAUCUCUCAGUCUUCCUGGGUACUCUGCCCCAGCCUCAGACCCAAGAAGAGGUGACUGACGAGCUCGGUCGAGUUACUUCCUCUAUCGAUGUCGGGGUGGCGCGGCGCGAGCGCGUUCAGGCACGGGGCGCACGGCGUAUGUUCCGACGCGCGAACGGUCGUGGCCAGGAGCAGGAAGAAGAGGGUUAUUCGACAGACUCGUCACUUUCCCUGUCAGACGCGGCGAAUUACAAGUCAGCGAAGAGCCAGCUGGCCAAAGAUGCUAAGGAGCUGAUGUCUGAUGUGAAAGCAGAGGAAUUCAGGAACCCGAGUCGGGGCUUGGGCAAGUGGUUUGGCGAGUGGCGAUCACGAUUCGGCGACAGCUAUACGGGCGCAUGGGGAGGAUUGGGUAUGGUGAGCGCUUGGGAAUUCUGGGUUCGGCUAGAGAUGCUUGGAUGGUCUCCUCUCGAGGACAGCAGGACGCUGGACAGUUAUACAUGGUAUCAUGCGUUGUACCAACACUCACGUCCGCGUAUUGGGGACGAAGGCAAUGAAGAUGAAGAACCGGAGAUGGGACCGGACGGCGAUCUUGUGUCUGCAAUGAUCUCGACAGUAAUAAUACCCCGACUUUGCAAACUUAUCGAGGGAGGCUGCUUUGAUCCGUACUCGACUCGGAAUGUUCGGGCUCUGAUGGAUCUCGUAGAGCAAAUCGAGGCAUCAGUAGAGAAGGACGGCUUGAAAUUCGAAAUGAUCUUGAAAUCCACCUUAAGUAUAUUCCAAGGCGCGGUCACAGCUACCGAUACAAUUCUUGGCCCUUACCUCGCUCUGAAUAACCCCCGGUUUGAUCCCGGGGCUAUUCCCGCUCGCCGUCGAAUCCUCGCGCGACGAUACAAACUUCUACGCAAUCUACUGCAGUGGCGGAAGUACACGGGCGAGCGAUUUGGGAUCGGUCAUUUGGCGCAGACGCUUGUCGAGAGUAGUAUGCUGCCUGUCGCAGAGAGCGGGUGGGAGGUAGGUGGGGAAGAUUAUAUGCGGAAGGCUGUACAUCUACUACCCAAGGAGUUAGUGCCUACGGGCCUUAAGGUACGAUUAGGCCUUGUAUGA